GUGGAACACCGGAAGUGGCUGAACGAAUGGUCUUUUCUAAGCAGGUUUAAUCGGAAACGGAAGGAGCAGGCGGAAGUAGUGGCACGUGGAGAAGAGCUGGGGUAGACAAGUUGUUUGGCUCGGCAGUUAUUCCGUUUUUUUGUUUUGUUUUUUAAGGGAGAAAAGGCUCUCCUGUCAUCUCCAUCGUCCCGGGCUUCUUAAGGUCAGCCUAUUGGAAGAUGGAUAUUCGACCAAACCAUACACUUUAUAUCAAUAAUGUGAAUGAUAAAAUUAAAAAAGAAGAACUCAAAAGAUCUUUAUAUGCACUAUUUUCUCAAUUUGGUCAUGUGGUGGAUAUUGUGGCUUUAAAAACAAUGAAGAUGAGAGGACAAGCCUUUAUUAUAUUUAAAGAGCUUGGAUCAGCCACCAAUGCUCUGAGGCAGUUACAAGGUUUCCCAUUUUAUGGCAAACCAAUGCGUAUUCAGUAUGCAAAAACAGACUCUGAAGUAAUUUCUAAAAUGCGUGGUACAUUUGCUGAUAAAGAGAAAAGAAAAGAGAAAAAGAAGACCAAAUCCUUGGAACAGGCUGCAAAUGCUGCCAACAAGAAGCCAAACCAGGGAGCAAAUCAAAAUUCAGCAAAUGCUCAAGGAAAUGCUUCACAGAAUCAACAGGUGCCUGAUAAUCCACCAAACCAUAUACUUUUCCUCAACAACCUACCAGAAGAGACAAAUGAAAUGAUGUUAUCAAUGCUAUUUAAUCAGUUCCCUGGUUUUAAAGAAGUGCGCCUAGUUCCUGGCAGACAUGACAUUUCAUUUGUGGAAUUUGAAAAUGAAGGACAGGCUGGAGCUGCUCGGGAUGCCCUCCAAGGAUUUAAAAUUACCCCGUCACAUGCAAUGAAAAUUACGUAUGCCAAAAAGUGAUGGCAAUGAACUCAGAUUUUUGAAAAAACUUGUUAAUGUGCUUUUUUUCAUGUGCCAUGGGUUUUUUUUAGGGCAGGGGUGAGUAAGUUAAAGGAUGGUUCCUUAAUUUUAAGGAAACUAUGUUAUAUAAAACUCUUGGAAUUUCAUCUAGUCGGCAUGUUUGCAUUUCUAAACAUGUUCAAGGAAUGCUAACGUUUCUGCUGACCACUGUUAGUUUUUGUUGAUGUACAUAAAUUGGUUUAAGAUACUGUGAUAUUCAGAUCCUUAAAAGUUGCUUAAUAAGAAAUAAAACUUGUUUCUUAAGAGUUCA